AUGGACAAAAUUUCCGGUCUCGCUAACAAGCUCGGAGGCAACAAGGGCCAAGAAUACAUUGACAAGGGUAUUCACGCCGCGGAGGAUAAGAUCGGCGGUGGCAAGAGUGAUCCUGCGAAGAAGGUCACCGACACUGGCAGUGAGCAGUUGGACAAGGCUGGAAAGAGUGUCCCCGACAAGUUCUCACACUAA